GGUGACGUUUCCAGUUUCGACACAGCUGUUUGAAUUUCAUAAACAUUCCCUCGAAAUAGGAGAAGUUUUCAUAUUCGCAAUUUAAAUUAUUAUUACAAUCUAAGGCUCCGCUGCCACAAUAUCCUGCACAGAGUUUGUUCCAGCAUUUCUCGCACGAUACCAUUCCAGAGGCAAACUUUCCAAAGUGGCGCAGUUCGGUGGCAGCACAAUGCGGCGCUCCCAGGGCUAUGCCUACCAACCGCUGCCCCAAAAUCCCGGCCCAAGUGGCACCAGCAGUCACAGUCACGACGCACUGGAGGAAGAAAAUGAACGGAUGGCGGAUGAGUUGAAGAGCAAAAUUGGAGCACUGAAAUCGCUUACCAUAGACAUUGGGAACGAGGUGCGAUAUCAGGACAAAUUACUGCGGGGAAUUGACGACGAUAUGGACCGGACUGGAGGUUUUCUCUCCAACACGAUCACAAGGGUCGUGCGACUUGGCAAGGGUGGACACCGAAAUUAUAUGUGUUACAUGUUUUUGUUUGUGAUGUUUGUGUUUUUCGUCCUGUUUUUGGUAUUAAAACUUAGAUAAUGAAUCGGGAGAAUGAAUUUUCAUUUGUGAUUCGAUGAUGUUCUAUUUAUUCUAUUAUAUUAGAAACGAUAAUAUACAUUCAUAUAUUACAA